AUGACCAGUGCCACCUCACUAAUGACCACCGCCAGUGUCACCACACUAAUGACAAUCGUGUGUCACCGCACUAAUGACAACACUGGUGCCACCUCACUGAUGACAGCCACAAAUGACACCUCGCUGAUGACCACCACCAGUGUCACCUCACUAAUGACAACCACAAAUGACACCACACUAAUAAACACCACCAAUGCCAGCACACUAAUGACAAUCACAAAUUACACCUCACUAAUGACCAUCACCAGUGUCACCACUCUAAUGACAAUCACCAGUGCCACCACACUAGUGACAAUCACUGGUGCCACCUCACUAAUGACAAUCACUGGUGUCACCACACUGAUGACCACCACCAGUGCCACCACGCUGAUAACAAUCACAAAUGACACCUCACUAAUGACUACCACUGCGGCCAGCGCAGGGACAGCUGUUCUGGGUUUGCGUGCCGUGCAGUCCCGGCACAGCGAGGGGCCGGUGCCACCCCUGGAGCGGGGACAUCGCGGGGACAUCGCGGGGAGCGGCUCCAGCUCCCCCCGGGAGAACGGACAGGGCGUGGGGCGGCCGGCUCUGAGCAGGAGCAAAGUCCGGGAGAGCCGGGACUGCCGGAGCGCUGCUGCCAGCAAUGAGAGCUCAGAGCAGAGGAAGAGGCCAGCAGCCGGCAGGGACCGGGGUGAGCUCGGCUGCGCUGCCCCGAGAGAGCCCUGGGCGGGCAGGCGAGAGAACGGGAGCUCGGCUGCCGCUCGGACUCUGCUCCUCGCUGGAUCCACAAACCAGGCACCCAUCUCCAUCCCCGGCACGGCCGCCCGGCCCGGCGAGCUGUGGGACGCGGUGGUGCUGACGGCGGCGGACGCGGCGCAGGCGGGCGCGUUCCGGGCGCAGCUGGAGGAGAAGCGGCGGCGGGGGCAGCUGCCCCGCGGGGUGCGGUACCUGGUGUGCGCCGACCCGCCGGGACCCAGGAUCGGAAAUGGUGGAUCAACUCUUCAUGCUCUUCAGUGCUUGGAAGAGCAGUAUGGUGAUCAGUGGACUUCCUUCACUGUGCUGCUGAUCCAUUCUGGUGGUUGCAGCCAGCGUUUGCCAAACGCCAGCGCCCUGGGCAAGAUCUUCACGGCGCUGCCCUUGGGCCACCCCGUGUACCAGAUGCUGGAGCUGAAGCUGGCCAUGUACCUCGACUUCCCCCGCCACAUGAAGCCAGGAGUCCUCGUCACUUGUUCGGAUGACAUUGAGCUGUACAGCACUGCAGCCACAGAAACCAUCACCUUCGAUAAGCCCGGCUUCACUGCCUUGGCUCACCCCUCAGAGCUGGCCGUGGGGACCACGCACGGGGUGUUCGUGUUGGAUCCCAGCAGCCUCUCAGGAGAGGGGGUGCUGCAGUAUGGCUCAUGCCAUCGUUUCCUGCACAAGCCUGACCUGCAGACCAUGCAGCAGAGUGGUGCAGUGUGUGUGAGGGGGGCUGGCCCUCAGCCCAGCUCCCCUGGGAGCCACCGGGGCUCGGAGUGUGUGUACACGGACAGCGUGUUCUACAUGGACCACGGCACUGCCAGGCAGCUGCUGCUCUUCUAUAAGCAGAUGGGCACUCUUGGCUGUGAAAUAGAUGCCUAUGGUGACUUCCUGCAGGCCCUGGGGCCUGGAGCCACCCCGGAUUACACCAGGAACACCAGUAAUGUCUCCAAGGAGGGCUCGGGGCUGGUGGCGGUGCGGCAGCAGCUGUACUCCCUCCUGCAGGGCACUGCCCUCAAUGUCAUAGUCCUCAACAACUCCCAGUUCUACCACAUCGGCACCACUCAGGAGUAUCUGCUUCAUUUUACUGCUGAGAGCAAACUGAGCUUUGAGCUGGGCUUGCAGCCUGUGGCCUUCAGCAUCUUCCCUGACAGAGCCAAGAGCUCGGAUCAGCUGAGCAUCAUGCAGAGCAUCCUGGAGCCCGGGUGUGUGGUAGGGCCUGGCUCUGUCGUUGAGUACUCCAGAAUUGGGCCUGGAGUCUCUGUGGGGAAGGGCUGCAUUGUUAGUGGCUCCUGCAUCAACUUCAGUGUAGACAUACCCUCAAACUGCUUCCUGAGUUCAGUCAGUGUGAAAAUCACUGACCAAGUGGAGUUUGUCACCAUGGUGUUCGGGGUAGGCGAUGACCUGAAGAGGAGUGUGAAGUUGCUGUCGGAGAUACACUCCCUCCAGUUUUUUGGAGCCAGCUUACCAGAAUGCCUUGACCUCUGGAGCAUAGAGGCUUCAGACCAGCUCUUCAGUGAGGACACACGCUUGGGGCUGUGGACUGCGAGGAUUUUCCCUGUCUGUUCCACACUGAGUGAAUCAGUCAGGCUGUCACUGAGCAUGCUGAAUUCUGUGCAGCACAGGUCAGCUUUCAAACUGAGCGGCUUUCAGCUUUUGUCUGUUGAAGAAAUGCUCGCCUACAAAGAUGUGGAAGACAUGCUAAAGUUCAGAAAGCAAAUUUAUGAUGAAAUCUGCCUACAAAGACAAAAAGAGAAGUCUGAUUAUAGAAUAAACAGUACUUGAACAAAUCUCCUGUUUUCAUUUGUGGGUGAUUGAUCACUUCCCAGCUUGUAAGAAUCCUGAGGGAAAAGUACACAGAUCUCUUCUCUGAUCUCAUUGAAGUAGAAAUAAAGAAAUUGCAUAACAUUAAUAAA